UCUCUCCUUUCCUUCGCUUCCUCACCUUCCCCUUCCCCUCUCCUUCCCUUUUACCCUCUCCUUUCCUUCUCCCUCUCCUUUUCUUUCUCCCUCCCCUUUCCCUUCUCCCUCCCCUUCUUUCCCUCCCUUUCCUUCUCCCUCCCUUUUUCCUUCUCCUCCCCUUCCUCUUCUCCCUCUCCUCGUUCACACGACUCCACAACGCUACUGAAUGA